GCUUCGGCACCGCAGAGGACCGAGUAGUCCGAGGAUUUCCACCAAAAGCAGCUCGGAAAUGAGCGGACCGACACGAAAACCUGCGGAGGAGUGAGAGGACUGUCCUAGGAGCCGCCGUGGGUCUGUGCUGAGGCCGGUGGAUUAUCACGGCACCUGAUCACGAUGACUGAAAGAUGCGAAACGGAUGUUUGUUACCGGCGUGGAGGAUAACUAGACUGGAGAGAGACGCAUGCGCCAUGACUUUCUGAUGCACCUGCAUCCAUCUCCUGCAAAUGCAGCAAUGGAGCUGUUUUCAGCACGCCUAUUUAUUGUUGGUUCUGUCUACCUCAUAUUUAAUUAAAUGACACGCCAAAGUGAUUUAAGUAUUUUUUUGCUCAGAGUUUAAGAUUAUUUUUAAUUUGUAAUUUGAAGGACCUGUGCACUCUAUUGAAAGCCUGAAUAAAAUGUGACUUUUAGUGAUUUUUUUUUUUUAAAAGCAUUGUUUGAUCUGAAGAUGAAGGAGGCGUGCCGUAUCUGUGGACGUGAGCUCUGUGGCAACCAGCGAAGAUGGAUCUUCCACCCCACUGCUAAACUCAACCUGCAGGUGCUGCUCUCUCACGCUCUGGGACUAGAAGUGACCCGGGAUGGCAGAGGAGAGUUUGCCUGCUCCAAGUGCACCUUCAUGCUGGGUCGCAUGUACCGCUUCGACACUGUCAUUGCCCGGGUGGAGGCUCUGUCCAUCGAAAGGUUGCAGAAGCUCCUGUCAGAGAAACAUCGGCUGAGGCAGUGCAUUAGUGGCCUCUACCGAAAGACAAACUCAGACGAGGCCGCUGUAGCCUCUUGUGGAACCAAUGAAGUUUCAGGAGAUGGCAUAGUGGAUAUUUCCGGUCUAACCCACGCAAAGUACUGUGCCCUGCUCCAGGAGGACCUGGUCUACUCUUUAUAUGAGUCCUGGGCAGAUGACAACAUGGAUUGCCAUCAUCACCACGCUCAGUUGUCCGCUGGUCCUGGUUCUGAAGUUACAGGAGUGUCCAGCACUCCCAGAAGAUGUCAUGGAUGUUCCCAGUGGCGGGUGGCAGACUCUGACUAUGAAGCUGUCUGUAAAGUACCCAGGAAGCUGGCACGGAGUACUUCCUGUGGUCCAUCAACCCGAUACUCAGCUAGUAUGGUCGGAGCAAGUGUGGCUGUUGGAGGUAUGGAGAAAAACUCAGACAAAGGCCCGUCCUCUCAAACGCUCGUCCCUGGCUCUCAGAACCCCACCAGGACGUCAGAGAGUGACCGGACUCUGGCUGGGCGUAUAAGCUCCAGCCCCUCAGUUGCUUCCCUGGAGACAGCAGAAGAAUACACUCAGUCAAGAGCCACAACAGAUGGAUUGCUGAACUCCCCAAAGGAAGCAGUAGAUGAUCACAUGUCAGACUCGGUGUCUGAGGAACAUGUGGGGGCACCACAUGGCCGAACUUCACCAGCAUCUAGUCUUUCUCUGGCUCUCUGUUUUGUGCAUAGCUACCGCCCCGUCCGAACGGCCAAAGAGAGCAAGCUGCCAGUGUUGCUCCGACAUGGAGCUAGCAGUGGAGGCGUGAGGCUGAGCUUUCCUGGUCUGGGAAUGUCAUGUGGAACUCCAGAUGGGGAUUUAGACAGCUUCAUGCCGACACCUGAACCUGAGCACCCACUGAUCAAACUGGAUGUUGGGGAAGAUCAUGACCUGAACCUGUCAGACAUGGAUGACUUUUUAGCAGAUUUAUACAAAGAAUAUCCUCCCCCACGUCCACACCAGAGCCUGGUUGAAGAGCAGCAGAGUCAACUGAACCAGUAUGAGUGCGCUGCUGGUCAGUGUGUCAGCGAGCUGCAGAAGGCCCAGCUCCAGGUCCAAUCCCUGCAAGCCAAGAUCCAGGAGAGCGAGGCCAACAACAUGAAGCUGCAGGAGAAGUUGAAUGAGAUGGAGUGUGAGCUUCGUUCACUCCGCCAGGCAGCCCAAAGUCAAGAGAGAACCAUCCAAGGCCUCACAGAGACCAUCGGCACCAAAGACAGCGAGGCCCAGGAGCUGUACCAGCUGAUAGAAGGACAAAACAGCACUCUCUGUAAGCUGCAGGAAAUGGUCCAUCGUAACCAGCUGUCUCAAAAAAAGAGUUCAGCAGGGGUUGGUGACGGCCUCAACCUCGGCCAGCUACAGAGCGAGCUGGUUGGCCUGCAGAGCUCCCUGUUCUCUCUUGGUCUGGAGCUGGAGGCCAGUCAGAGGAGCCUCAAACAGAGCCAGAGGCAAGGAGAUGACCUUCUGAGAUUCAAGGACAGACUCGACUCUGAUUUACAAGAAGCUCUGCAGCACCGGGAGGCCACAGAAAAACACAAUCAGGAUCUGCGCAAUGCCCUUCAAAAAACCCGCUGUGAGCUGCAAGCUAAAGAAGCAGCGCUGAAGGAGAGCGAGGCGGAGAAGCAGUUGGUGAUGCAUGAGAAGGAGCAGAGCAUCGCACAGCUCAAACACUCCCUGCAAGACAAGGAGCAACAGCUCCAGGAGUAUUCGGAGAUGCUGGAAUCAUCAAGAAGUUCCAAACCAAGAGAUGCCUUGCUGGAGAAGUUAAAACAGCGAGUUAAAGAAAGAGACAGAGCUUUGGAGCGCUCCAUUGAUGACAAGUAUCGCUGUCUAGAGGACCUGGAGGGUCAGGUGAGGACGCUGCAGCAGGCUCUCAGGGAGAAGGAGCGAGACCUGGAGAGACUCCGCUGCAUUCUGUCAAACAACGAGGAGACCAUCACGAGCCUGGACGCUUUGGUGAGAGGUAAAGAGCUGGAGCUGGAGCAGGCAGCAGAAGCCUACAGGAACAUCCAGUGGUUGAAACAUCAAAGUGAAGAGAAGGAGAGAAGUACUCUGAGAGAGAAAGAUGCUAUCAUUAACCAGCUUCAGGGCGUCCUGCACGCCCGCAGCCAGGAGAUACAGGAUCUAUCAGCAAAGCUCAUUGCUAAAGUCCAGGCUUCCCCAGCUGAGGUUGUUGAAGAGCUGAAAGCUCGGUUAGCUCUGAAGGAAAAACUCUUUCAUGAGCUGCUGUCAGACCGGAGCCGCCAAGCCAGUGAGCACCAAGCACAAAUCCAGGAUCUGCUCAACAACCUCAACUCCAAAGAUCAGUAUCUGCAGGAUUACUCCUACAGGCUCUCUGUGGUAAUUAAAGAGCGAACAGGUCAGCUGGAGGAGCUUCGCAGACAGCUGACGCAGACGGAGCAGGAAGUGUGUGAGCUCAGACGGGACAAAGAGAGAGAUGCGAGAGGGGAGAAGGAGCAUCUGCGCAGUCUGCUCAAAGAGAAAGAAGGUUUUAUCAAAGAGCUGAUUCAAACCCAAGAGGAAGCCAUGGAGCCAUUUUCAAAGGACAAUGAGGCUGAAAUACAGGCUCUGAAGGAGGAGCUGGAGUUGGCGUUCAAGAAAGAGAUGGAAGCUCAGAAGGAGCUGUCAGCUUUGCGGUUAUCCCUUGCUCACGAACAGUCAGAAGGAGGAGACUCAAAAGGCAGCCCUGAUCACCAAAGUCAGCUGGAGCAGUUGUUGUCUGAGUACAGUAGACUGAAUGACGCCCUGAGGUCAGAGAAGCGAUUGUACCAAAAUCUGAUGCACCAGAAUGGCAGCUCAGAAAAGGUGCAAGCUCUCCACACUGAGUUAGAUUCAGUUCAGGCCCUUCGAGGACAGCUGGAGGAGGUCCUUGCCAAGGCCCGGAGCACGGCCCUGGCGCUAGAAAGGGCGGCCAUAAGGCAGCCUGGCUUUGGAGAGCUCGGCACGGAGGACGAGGAAGGAGACGAUGAAGAAGGUAGCAGUGAGGAUUUUACAGACAGCAUAGAGGAGGACGACAGUUUGACCAGCAGGAACACUUCUCAGACUUGUGUUAAGAAUCAAGGAGAUACAUUUUUGCCUGAAGGGGUGCAAAAAGAAGAAUUAUAUCAAAACAUCCCCCCAGAGGAGACAGAGGCAGCAAGAACAAUCCUUGAAGACAUAAGAUCACAGCUAAAAAAAGAUGGAUUCACUUCUCUCUCUGAGAUGAAGAGUGUCUUACAGAAGCUGCAGCAGGAAAACCAGGCUUUAAUAAAGAGACUGGAGUGCAGUGAAGCUGCCAGACUCGCAACAAACACACAGAGGAGUCUGAAAGAGGAGGAGGAGGAUGACAACAGUAAAGAAGAUGAUGAAGAGUUGGAAACAUAUCCAAUUAUGUCUGGGAAGCGAGGUCCUCCUUGUUUAAGGAGCUCUGAGUCUGGGAAAAGACAUUGCAAGAGACCGGACUCCCUGAAGCUGACGGAUGUGCAGGAUGCGAGGCCCUCUAGUGGCAGCAAUGAGGUGGGAAUGCUCUGGCAGGACAUGGAGGGCGGAAUCCGUCAACAGGCCACCUGUCUGCGUGCGGAUCUGGCCCAGAGCCUUCAGGAGAACAGGGAGCUCCAAGAGAGGCUGAUGGUGUCUGAAGCUACUGUCCAGGCUCAAGCUGAACAGCUGAAGGAGUACAGAGAUCUACUCACAGAGACAUCUGUCCAGCAGGCCAGUAAGCAGGUUCAGGUGGACCUCCAGGAUAUGGGUUACGAGACCUGUGGGCGCAGUGAAAAUGAAGCUGAGCGAGAAGAUACCAGCAGCCCAGAGUUUGAUGACCUGGAGAUGUGUACAUCACUGUCCCAUCAUCAGGACAGUGAGGGCCUGAACAGUGCCUGGUAUUCUGAAAACUCCAAGGAGGGUUUAGACAUCAGGGAUGAGUCGACCCCUCUCCACCACCUGGUCCAAGAUCUUAGGUCGCAGUUGACCCGCUGCCACAAAGUGAUCCGUGGACUUCAGCUGCGAGUGCGCUCUCUGUCUGCCACAAGUGACUAUGCCUCCAGCCUUGAGCGCACCCCUCGGAAAGUUAACUGGGCACUUGGGAUAUCACCAGCUCCCAGUGGGGUUGAAGAAGAUGAAGGCUGGAUGUCUGACACCCAAGGAGUUCGCCCUACCUCCAAGCCCAGUCGGGAGUUGCAGGAGUUGAUGGAGCGAGUUACGUCACUGGAGGCGCAGUUGAAAAACACUGCAGAGGAGGGAAAACAACAGGCAGAGGAAGAGAAAUGUGCCACCUGGCCCAGGAAGUACAACUCUCUGAUCCAAGCACAGGCUCGUGAGCUGUCCCACCUGAGGCAGAGGAUGAGAGAGGGGCAGAGCGUCUGCCACAUCCUGACCCAACACCUCGGAGACACCACCAAGGCUUUUGAAGAGCUCCUGCGAUCCAAUGACAUCGAUUACUACAUGGGUCAAAGCUUUAGAGAGCAGCUGGCUCAGAACACUGCUCUGGCUCAGAGAGUCAUCACUAAGAUUACUGGACGAGAAUGUGUUGAAAACAUUGACAGCAAAACCGGCCAGGACCUUCUUUCCUUGAAACUGAGGAAAGAGCUGCAGCAAAAAGACAAAAUCAUCGAAUCCCUCCAGACCAAACUGCAGCAGCGCCUCCAGACUCCAUCCAGCUGUCAUGCUCUCUCCGAGACCACCGACCAGUCAGACAGGACCUCCCUGGUGUCCGAUGAGUACCAGACCAAUGACGACCUGGAACUCGGCUCUGAUUUAGACGCGAGGGAGUUUCAAGAGGAGCACCAGCAAGAAUCCACAUCAGGAAGAGACGUCCAUCCAUCUCUUCUUGCUCCUCAUUGCUUCCUCAAGUCCUCCAGCAGCUGUCCCAACAUGCGUUGCUCAGCCACUGUGGGUCUGACCAGUCAGUCCACUAGAGCCCUUUUGGGUUUCUCCUCCUCCUUCUCUGUUCCUCUGGGCCCUGACGUCUGGGGUUAUGAAGCCCCUUCUGACCCCCGACCCAGGGCCCUGUCUGUCAUCGCUGUUCGCCCAGAACUGGACACGCUUUACAGACAAAUGAGUGAGCAGCACAGGGGACUUGCUGUACCACAUGAGAAGACUCUGUUCAACUUCUCACCGAGUCCCCACAACCGCCAUGACCUCACAAGCUACCCCCACCUAUCUCAUCAUGCCUUUCCACAGUACCAGCUGGGCGGCAUCCCUGAAGACCACUCAGUGAAGUCUGACUCUGGCCAAAGACCUCUGUGGGAUACAGAGAACUUUGUUGGGAACUAUUCUGGACAUCCACCAGAAAGCAGCCAAGCAGGUUUGAGUUUGAUAGAGGAGCAUCUGCAGGAGGUCAGGUGCUUGCGUCAGCGUCUGGAAGAGUCCAUCAGGACCAAUGAGGCGCUGCGCCUGCAGCUGGAGGAGAAGCUAGUCUCCUCUGGACGCGAUAGAGGAGCACCAACAAACAUCUAUAUUCAGGGACUGGACACAGUCACUCAGCUGUCCAAUGAGAUCAGAGUCCUGAAAGAGGAAAAUAUUGCUCUCCAAUCAGGCCUGAAGGCCAGAACAGAUUCAGGUGAGGAGGUGGUGCAGCUGCGGGAAGCAGUGUUCACAGCACGCACACGCCAAAAGCAAGCAGAGCUGGAGGCCGAGCAGUGGAAGGAGGAGCUGAGACGACUUCAGGCUCACAGUCAAGAACAGGGCCAGCAGAUUCACACGCUGAGGCAGGAGCGACAGGCCGGACAGGAGAAAACCAACAGGCUGCAGCAUGAGGUGUCGCUGCUGCAGCAGCAGCUUUGUGAAAGCAGGGAUCUCGUCCAUUCUCUGCAGAGUGAACUUCACGUUUAUGAUCGCGUUUGUUCAAGCACAAGAGCCAACAAAGGGUACCUGUGCGAGGUGGCAGGUCUUCCAGUGGAGCUGGGGGAGUUGCUUGUGGAGGUGAGGAGUCUGCGGGCUCAGCUGCAGAGCAGUGUCCAGGAGAACAGUGCCCUCAAACAGCUAGAGCUCCACAAACAGCUGGAGCAGAAGCUGGGAGUCACAUCACCCAGACCUGCAUCCCUUUCUGCUCUCUCUGCCAGCCCUCAAAGAGAAAACUUCUACAGACGGCAGCUUCUUCAUGACCCUGCUCCAUCGCCACCAGUCAGAGAUAUUGGUCUGUUUAACUGUGGAUCUCCAGGUCCCCCCUACUCAGACCUGGAUGACAGCCAUAGCACGGCUAAUGUAGACCCCCUCGAUCCCCACUCUGAGCUGGAGGGGGAAGCACCCGAUGGAUCGUUUGCGAACCGUAAUGGCCGCCACGCUAUUGGUCAUGUGGAUGAUUUCAGCUCCCUGCAGCAGCAAGUUCUGGAAGGCCGGAGCCUCGUUCAGCGCAUGGAGACAACCCUGCAGGCCUGCUUUGGUCCGGAUGGCAGCGAAGAAGAAAGCAGCAAACUGGCUCUGAACAACAGAUGGGGGAAAAAUCUUCUGUCCAACACCAGAACACUCAGACAGAUCUUAGAGGAGGCGAUGUCUCUCCUUAAGAUGUUCUGGAGAGCAGCACUUCCCAGCUCUGAUCUAAAUCUGAAGAAGGAGCAGUGCAUGCAGGAGGAGAUCCUGUCCCUGAAACUGCGAAUAUCAGAGCAGGAUGAGGUCAUUAAAGGAACAGUCCAGAGGCUGAGGAACACCAGCCGCACCAAGGAGAGCAUGGAGCACUUUAUCGUCAGCCAGUUGUCAAGGACUCGUGAUGUGCUGAAAAAAGCAAGGACAAAUCUUGAGAAGAAUGAGCAGAGACUUUCUUCUCUUAGCUCCUCCUCUUCCUCUCCCUAUGCUGCUAAAGACCCACCAAGUGUAUCCAGAGAGCGGCCUGCUGGUCGGGGUGACCUGAAGUCCGGUGGUGUUUGCGGAGCAGCCAGCAACCGCCUGACGGCGAGGAAGCGCAGCAGCCAAUGUCUGCUGUAGAUGUUGACAUACGCAGCCUCAGCACCUCUGACCUCUGUGAUAAAUUAGCCAAGACCCUGUAAGCCAUCCCAUUCACCAGCCUUCCCUCCUCAUGACUGCCUGCCCACACUCACCUUACCUCUUUUUUAUGGGCAGUAUGCGCACAGUUUUAUCAGCACAUUGAGCCUUACCUGUUUGCGACUCUCUACCUUCCACCCUGUGCGUUUGUCUUUGGGUGACGCAGUCAGCCGUUUACCAUGUAGUGUGUGUGACAGAAGGUUCAUGGAAAUGUGCCUACAGAGGUUUCAGUGAAGUGUGUCCUUAAUCGUGGACUCUCAGCGUGGUUUUCCACAGAACAGGGGGGCGUUUUACAAGAACCACUUCUAAAACACAGAUACGUACACCAUCGUUAAAAAUAAAAAGUGGUCAACUCCUGUUGGCCGAGGCUCUGUCAUAGACCCUUUAUCUGUGUCUAAAGACGCCCCUCCCCUGAGAGUCAGACAGUUUGUGGACAGAACGGAUGUUUGUGCAUGUUAAAAAAAGGCUCUUGAGAGAGAUUCUGCACACAUGUGCACACACUUUGUGUGUGAGUGAGAGAUCAAACACUGCUCACCCAAAGACAAGACUCACAUGACUGCCACAGAAGUGCAACCUCAUGCUUUGUGGCACUUUUCCUUACAUCUUUUUGAAAAUGCAAUGCAAAAAAACUGACAUCUGUAUUGUUAUUAUUAAUAGUAUUAUACACAGUGGAAGAAUGUACAAUAGGCAGGUAAGUAGUUGAUGUGUCUGUUUUUGUUGAGGAAUCCUAUGAUUGAUGAGUUAGCAGUAGCCAAGACCCAUUAAAACCAGGGAAGGGUUCCUUUAAGUUACUUUAUUUUGAUUGUUGAGAGGCUUUAUUGUGAACAAAAAUCCAGUCUUGAAUAUUAUCAAGCUAAACAAACACAACACCAUAAAAUAUAGCAGUACACAGGUGGAGCCAGGCUAAACACGCGUACCCACUCCUGUGUAGGAGUUCUCAUUUGAGCAUGUGCAAUAAUGAUGUUUCUAUGUUCAUUUUGGAUCUUUGACAGUUACUGGAUUAUUAUUUACACUCCGUCAUGAUGUGGACACGCCCAGUAUUGCUGCUGUGUUUAUUUCAAUGCAUGACAGAGUGUUUCGCUGGAAGUCUAAGCUAUUGAAGAUGAGAUUGCAAAUUCUUGCCAAAGUUUGACCUCUAAACUCCUCACUCUGACUUUGCCUUAUCCAUAAAGCCCAGAGUGGAUCAACCGCAGGGUUACCAAGGUGUCUUUUAUGAGGGCCUUUAGAACCACAGAGACGGUAACCGUUUGGACAACCAAAUCAAUCAGGACAUUUGGAACUUUUUAGAAAGACGAGCUCCAUUUCUUUUUUGGACCAAAACUCAACUCAAGCGAACUUUUUAGCCACGAGGCCAAAUGCUUUUGUCUUGCUGUUAUCUUCUCUUGGUUCAGGCCUUCAUAGCAUUCCCAUGGCAAUGGCAAAAUGAUGCAAACUUUGGCAGGCUGAUCAUUAGGUCUGUAUUUUGUUUUUCUUUAUUUGUUUGUUGGCUGUACACUUGGCAUUCUGCGCUGUAAAUAACCUGCUUUUUCUGUAGGGGUUUUGUGAGCGUGUUUGUGAACAUUCAACAUUUGCUUUUUGCAAAGUUGAUCAUCUGGGUAGCCGUGCAAUAGCUGAAAACAAAAAGUGCUCACGUGGAUAAAAAACAUCUGCGUGUUUGCUGCUCGCCUGCAGUGUUUCUCAAUAGAUUCUGACACUUAUGAUCGAUAUUUAGUCAAGUAGGUUAUGUGUGAUCUCCACAAAUAUGCCUUUAUGAUAUAUAUACCCAUAUAUGACAGCAAUCAUUUAUAGCUCCGAAUAAAAUUGGUUGGCCUGCCUUCAGAAUUUAGUCUUAGAGCUUCUUCAGCUUCAGUGGUUCAAAUGGCCUCAAGUUUUACCGCAUUAGGCUUUAUUUGCAUUUGAAUGAGACCAAGUAUUUGAAUCAAUUAACGUUACAUUAUGUGGUGACUUCUAAAACUAAAAAGCCAGCUUCUGAAUGACAGAGAAAUGUCACCUUGUUAAAUACAAACAAAAACUUUUUACUAUUUGUUUCUAAAAAAUAAAAAUAAAGGGAAGAAAACCAUUUGAAAUGUUUGAUUGGUUUGAAGUUGCAUAUGUAUAUAAAGCUUUUUAGGCUGCGAGAGCUGAUGCAAGACACAUGAAUGCUAAUUUUGGUGUGUUGUCUUAGAAAUCAAGGCCUUUGAGAGAAUAAAACAGUUGAAAAAGUUG